AUGAAAAAGAAGAGUAUUCAACUUUCGCCAACAAUGCCUUUCAUGAAAACAACUGAUUUCGUUUGGAACUGUAUGCUUGAUGAAGUGCAACGAAAACUCCUCUUCAAAUUCUUCACAAAAAUUAUAGAGCCAACAAAAUUGGCAGAAAAGCUGAUCUGCAACUCAUCAAAUUGGUUGGAGUCAGGAACAUUUGCUUCAUAUCCAGACUUUUUACCCAUCGGCCCUCUUCUGGCAAGCAACAGGCUCGGAAAAUCAACUGGCUACUUCUGGCGAGAAGACUCAGGUUGUUUGUCGUGGCUUGAUCAACAACCACCCCACUCUGUCGUUUAUGUUGCAUUUGGGAGUUCCACACUAUUUGACCGCAAUCAGUUUGAAGAACUAGCUCUUGGCCUUGAACUCACCAACAUGCCAUUCUUGUGGGUUGUGCGGGAAAACAUAAUUGAAGAUAUCAACAAUGCUUACCCAACAGGCUUCAAAGAAAGAAUGGAUCGUCGGGGGUGUAUAGUGAGCUGGGCGCCGCAGCAAAAAGUCCUAUCUCAUCCUUCUGUUGCUUGUUUCAUUAGCCAUUGUGGUUGGAAUUCUACCCUUGAAGGCAUAAGUAAUGGAAUCCCUUUUCUUUGUUGGCCUUAUUUUGGAGAUCAGAUAUUCAUUCGGAGCUACAUUUGUGAUUAUUUGAAGGUUGGAUUGGAACUGAAUAAAGAUGAAAGUGGAAUCAUCAGACGUGAAGAAAUUAAGAAUAAGUUGGAAAGAGUCUUGGGUGAUGAAGGAUUUAAAGGAAGGGUGUUGGAUCUUCAAGCACAGAUUCUGAAUAGUGUUAGAGAAGGAGGGAGUUCUCACAAGAAUUUUAAUGAUUUCUUGUCAUGGAUUAAAGAUUAA